CUUUCCUCUCUGGCAACAUUUGGCUUGGUCUUCGGGGCACCCUCCGAGGCAGCAUGUCUCCUUCUGAGCGCCUGGUCCUGGUGUUGGGAGGAGCUGGGACCGUGGGCUCUGGGAUUGUGAAGUCGCUCCUGGAGAAGGGGUUCCAGGUUGCUGUCAUCUCCCGGGAUGCUGAGCGACUGGAGAAGCUUCGGAGCUUCCUACCAGCAGAAGCUCACAAUCGCCUGUUCACCCUGGUCGGGGAUGUUGUUCCCUUUCCUUCUGUAGGCACUGAGGAUGGAGCAGAAGCAGCCAAGGCAGCCCUUCUGGGAGGAGGCAAGAAGGUCACUGAUGUGGUAUCUGCUUUGGGCUUCAGCUGGUGGCAAGGAGGGGCACCCCAUACUCAGACCCUGCAGGAGCUGCAGUGGGUCCUGGAAACUUUGCUCCUGAGUACUUUCACUUCCUGGAAAGCCUUCUUUCCCCUGGUCUGGGAAAACCCUGGAGGCUCCUACACCUUUAUCACUGGGAGUGCAGGAGAUCGUCUGCUCAGGCCAGGCACAGGCUUCCUGACCCUGGGGGCUUCAGGGGCCCUGGCCUUCAGCAGGGUGGUACGUGAAGAGUACCCAGAUGUGCCCUGUAAGCUGAAUGAGGUGAAGAUCAACAUGGGGGUUGCUCUCCCUGAAGCCCUGGGUCCUGGUUUUGUCAGCCAUUUGGAGGUUGGCCAGGCUGUGGCCUCCCUGGUGGAUAAACUUGCUGUUUCACACUCUGUGCUGCAUGUAGACUCUCCUGCUGACCUCCAGGUUCUGACCUCAGAUGGGAAACUGUGACCCUCUACUUUCCCCCAGGAAGUGUGCACUGUCUCCAACUGGCCACCACCUUUGCCCCUAUAUUUUCCUUCCCUUCUCUUGAUAGAGAGCUUCCUUUUUGGGUUGAGGAUGCUUCUAAAAGCUCCCUUAGCCUGAGUUGUCCCUAUAUUGAACUUCCUGUUUUCUGUAUCACUCCUUUUUAUUACUCAAAUCCCUUCCAGUUGGAACCUCAGAUGAUUUCUGCCUUUCCUUUUGGGAAUGGUGGAAGACAACAUGCUGAGUGGUCCAGGAUCUUGCUACACCAGGGACAGGGUAGGAACUGAACAACCUAGAAUGUCAAUAACAUUUCUGAGGUCCAUUGAUCCCAGUUAUUAGGAGGAAAGCUCAGGUGCUCCAGGCUUUUGGUAAGAAAUGAUGCAGAUAGAAGAAGCUACUCCCAAAGUAUCUAGCCACUGGAUUUGUAACUGAUGGAGACCCUGGGUCCUAGUGAGAGGGUGGGGACAGAAGGACAGUAAGGAACCAAGACACAGAAGUGAAGCCUUAGGCUUGUGUCCCCCCACCCCACCCCAACUCAGGCCAGACUCACACAGUACAAGAGUAUUUUCCAAGAAAUAGUAUCUGUAGUCAUCUGAGCAUCACCUCCUCUCCCCAAUUCCCAUCCCAGAGGUCAGAGACACAGGGUAAUAGCAACUGACAAGAUGAGGAACAUGGAAAAUGACCACCAGUCCCUGGAGAGGAGUCCUUAUCUAGUUCCACUUGUUUUCCCCUAUGUGUUUUGUCCCCUAUUCCACCAUCCUCCUCUCUUCUAUUUGGAAUACCUUCCACUUCCUAGAAUACUUAUCCUUCCUAGUCUGAUCCUUAACUGAACCAUUUCCAAUGAUAUUUCCCUAGGCUGAGGCAGAUUAUAUCGUUAAACCCCCUUCCCUUGAGAUGCCCAAUAUUUCUCCCAAUCAUUUUGUUCUCUUUUAAUAAAAUUUGUACAAAUUCCAA